CACGAUUUAUUUUACGAUGCAGAACAGCAGCGUGAUAAUGAUAGAGCCCUUCGUAGGGCUGGAAGGGACAUUGAACGAGAACGUCACAAACUCGAAAAUGAAGAAAAGAAAUUGGAAUUAGAGAUCGACUGGCCAUACCUACUUAUCUACUUUCAUUGCAAAAAGGCAGCCAAGGAAGGCAACAAAGAUGCGUGUACAUUGCUAGCUAAGCAACUGGUUCAGCUGAGAAAGCAAAAGAAUCGAACUUAUGCGGCCAAUAGCAAGAUCAGUAGCGUUGGCAUGCAAAACAAAACUAUGGGUGCGAAUAUAGCAUUGGCUGGCGCAAUGAAAACCACAACGAAAACAAUGGCUGAUAUGAACAAAAUAAUGAGACCCGAAGCUAUUGCUGGCGACAUGAAAGCAUUCCAAAUGGCUAAUAUGAAAAUGGAAAUGACCGACGAAAUGAUCAAUGACACAUUGGACGAUAUGCUGACGGAAUCCGGUGAUGAAUCCGAAUCCGAUCAAAUUGUCAGCCAGGUUCUCGAUGAAAUCGGAAUUGAAAUAUCUGGAAAGAUGUCCAAUGCACCAACAUUGACCGAUACGAUUGGAAAUGCGAGUAAGGAAAAAGACAUUGAGGCACAGUUGGCUCGGUUGAGAACCACAUAAAGGAUGAUUGUGA